AUGCCAUCCCAUGCAUUCCUGAGCAGCCUCGCGGUGCUCACCACCCUCGCUUCCGCCGCUCCUUCCAUGCGUAGCCCCCUCAUGCAACGCCAGGAUACCUCCGGACCCGAAAACUGCGGGCCCACAACCGAAGAUGGACAGGUUUACUUUGGAGACCUGGGCUUCUACUCCGACAGAGACUGCAUCAAUAGGAUGUAUGGCCUGUGUCUCUACACGUUCGAUAACGUCGCCAACGGCCAGCCAGGUGACUACAGUUGCAACCCAAUCGAGCUUCCUUCCGAAACGCCCUUCUGGGCCAAAGUCGAAGACAGUCCGUUCGAUCAGAUGCAAAUGGUCUUCACAAGGGAUGACAAGACAUGCACUCCCAACGGUGCUACCUUUGCCACGAUGAUCGAUAAUGGCAACUGCGUCGAAUUCAACAUCGGCGGUCCCGCCCGCAGCUUCUCCGCCUUCCCCCACGGCGGCAGCGGCGUCUCGCGCCGCGCCCUCCCCGCGUCCUCCCACCUAACCAAGCGCACACCCAAAUGCGGUGGCUUCCGCGUCGAAUCCACCCAGCCAUCCACCACGGAAAGUGUCCAAAUCUCCAACAUAGUCGACUGCACCAACGGUACCGAAGACGGGUGUCCCAUCACCGUCGGCUCCGAAGAGGAAAAAUCUGUCACCACCUCUUAUUCGCUGACCGCGGGCGGCGGCAUCGAAGGCUUGUUUAGCAUCGAGACUACGUUUGGUAUGGAGUAUACGGAGAGUACGACGACAAGUAUCCAGGAGGGGUUCAGUGUUAGUAAGGGGCAGAAGGGGUAUCUGUCGGCGUAUUCGGCGGCGACGCUGUUUAAGGGGGUUUGGACGGAUUGCGAUGAGGGUGAUGUAGAGCAGCCGGGGGAGGCGCUGGUGAUCAAGGAGAAUGGAUUUACGUAUUCGAUUGUUAAUACGGGGAUUUAG